CCAAGAAAUACUCUCUCGUUCCAAGAGGCUGCAUUUGUUUCGCUCAAGCCAGUGACACCCCCUAAAUAAAGCAAACCAUUUCCCUCCUCUGGUGAUACCAGCCUCUCGUCCUCCGUUCCGGCCACCGCCAGCUUCCACCGUUCCGACGGGAAGCCGGUCCCGGUCGAUCCCUCCGUCCAGAUGGCGGCGUCCUCCAGCCGCCGCCACGUACGAAAGCGUUAGCCGUCGAUGCACAGAAGCUACCUACAAUGGCGAUCACGUCAUCGCCCAUGCUGUCGCUGCUCCUUCUCGCGUUGCUGUGCCAUUCCUCUCCGUCCGCGGCGCAGAAUCACAGCGCCGUUAUCAACAUCUCGGCCGUCGAGGCGGCCGUCCGCGACCGCGCGUUCGAGCUGCUCCGCCGCACCAACCAGCUCGUCGCCGUCGCGCCCCUCCCGGACCACGUCUCCGCUGGCGCCCAGGUCGAGGCCUCGGCGCUCCGCGUCCGGAGCAACUCCCUCUGGGCCGACGGCGUCAACGAAACCGGCGCCACCGCGGGGUUCACCGUCCCGCCGCGCGUCGUGCCGGCCCCGUUCGCCCGCCGCGUCGACGUCGUCUUCUUGCGCUUCCUGCUCCCCGACGGCGCCGCGCUCUUCGCCGCGCCGCAAGGGUACGCGCUGGCGGCCCCCGUGGUCGCGCUGCUCGCGUACGACGUGUCGUCCGGGCCCAACGGCAGCGAGGUCGCGCUCCGGGCGCUCGGCGCGCCGGUGCGCGUGGAGUUCGGCAACCUCUCGCUCUCGUCGUCGGUCAACGCCACGGAGGCGCCGAGGUGCGUCACCUUCGCGGCGGCCAGCGGGAAGGCCGUGGCCACGCACGCCAUGGCGUCGCCCACCGAGUGCGCGGUGACAGGCACGGGGCACUACGGCGUUGCUGUGCGGCUGGAGGUGCCCUCGCAUCCGACGCCGACGCCUGCGGCCGUGAGGCAGCGGUGGUGGGCAUGGACGGUGGUGGCUGGCGCCGGCGGGGUUGUGGCCUUAAGCUUCCUGGCGGUCACCGUGGCCGGCGCGGUGCGGUGGAGCAGGAGGCGCAGGAGGGAGGAGAUGGAGCUGCGGGCACUGGCGGGCGAGGAGCUGGGGAGGAUGGCAGUGCGAGGGAGCAAGAUGCCGUCGGCGAAGAUGGUGCGGACACGGCCUGAGAUGGAGGAAGGCAGCCCGCUGCCCUGGCGGCGCUAGCUAGCUCCUCCGCGAGUUGCACCGGCGCACCAUUGUUCAGCUAGGUGUAGUUUUCAGUAUGGGACUUUGUUGUACAGUACUACAUACAUUGUACUCUAUAAUUUUUGGUGUGUACUCUAUAAAAGUGUGAACUCAGCUCAAAUCAGAUUAAAAUGUACAUUACCUGCAGUAGGUUGUUCUGGGAGUAGACUGCAAUAGAUUAUGAUGAAUCUAUUUUUGUGUU